UUAUCACGCCUAAUACUACCAGGCAAAAUAUAGUGCUAGCUAUAAAUGUAAUAUUUUCACAAGUUAUUUGAAAUCAAGAGUGUUCUAAAAUAUUGAACUAUGAAAAAAGCAUGCGCCCCGAACCAACCGUGCUAAACAAAAGCUGGAACUGAAGGCGGUAAGGCCCAACCCUUAUCUUCCAGGGACUUUUGUACUGCUCCGCACCCCCACUCCCAUACAAACACACACCGGAUGUGAGGUCCGCAUAAACUGGGUUUCACGUGUGUUAGGUUAACAGCUUCUUUCAGGGUAAUACACACUUGCGGCUACAUUCAGAACGUAGGUCUUCCUACACACCUACAACAUGAAGUUUUCAGACAAAAGUAUUCCCAGGGCAGAGCAGUAAAGCCACGACGCAAGCUUUGCGCGAAACCUCACACCGCGCGCCGAGCUCUGCGCACGCGUACACCAGUUCGGAGGCUGCUGCCAACGCUUUGGCCAGUCUGCCGGUCUUCCGCCAGGGACGCCUCUUCGCCACGCCCUGUGCCCGCCUCCGAGCCACUAGAAGCAUCUGAUUGGCCAAUCUUUUCCCGGCUGGGGGCGGGGGCUGGAUGAUUGGCAGCAACGCACCCGGACGGCCAAGCCAGAAACCCGAGUAGCUCAAGAAGGCGCUGGCUGCCGCGCGGUCCGGUGUGCCUUAUGGACCAUGUGCUGCUACGUAUGCCUGAAAUACUUGAAAUGCACGUUUGGAGCGAUUAAGCCAUCUAAAUGCUUGGCCGGAUUAAGCGCCUAGUUAGAAUGGUGUUUCAACAAGUUGGAGUAAGCAUGCAGUCGGUACUUUGGUCUGGGAAGCCAUAUGGUUCAUCUCGAAGUAUCAUAAGAAAAAUUGGUACUAAUUUAUCUCUGAUUCAGUGUCCAAGAGUUCGGUUUCAGCUUACCAGCCCUGAAACAGAAUGGAGUCCCAACCACCCAGGAGAGGAUGCAGUGGCAUCUUUUGCUGAUGUUGGAUGGGUAGCCGAAGAAGAAGGAGAAUGUUCAACAAGGCUAAGGACAGAAGUCAGGUCCAGACAGCCCCUUCAGGAGGACCUUCCUCUUUUUGAGAAUCCUCCAAGCAGGCAGGUCUCCUUACCAAACCCGUCUCAGGAAGAGGCUCUGCCGAGGACUGUGGCGCUGGCCAAUGAGGAAGCCCUGCGGAAGAUCUCUGCUCUGGAAAGUGAGCUUGCAGUUCUGCGAGCCCAGAUCGCCAAAAUCGUGACCCUGCAGGAGCAGCAAACUCUCACCGCAGGCGACUCAGACUCUGCCACGUCUGUGACCGUGGCCCUACCCUCCGUCCCGCCGCCCCCUCCGCUCCCUUCAGCAGGGCUCCACCAAAGCAGAUCUGCCAUCGACCUGAUUAAAGAGCGAAGAGCGCAAAAAGCCAAUGCUGGGAAGAUUUUGGUUAAAAACAGUCCAAAGAAACCUGACAUGCCAAAUAUGCUAGAAAUUCUUAAAGACAUGAAUAGUGUAAAACUUCGGUCAGUGAAGAGGUCUGAGCAAGAUGCCAGGCCCAAGCCCGCGGACACUACUGACCCUGCCGCCCUCAUCGCAGAGGCUCUGAAAAAGAAGUUUGCAUUUCGGUAUCGAAGCGAGGUUGAAAAAGUAAUUCCGAGGUCUGAGUCAGAGGCCACCUCCGAAACGGCGUUGUUUGGACCACACAUGUUGAAGCCUACAGGAAAAAUGAAGACUUUAGUUGAAAAUGUUGCCAGUUCUUAAAUAGACAGUGAGCUGAGAAAGACUAUCCUCAUUCAGCUGCUGGUUUACUAGGGCUAAGCUGGCUAGUAGAAAUCAACACUAUUUAGUAAAUACCUGACUUUAGCAUUCAGUGACCUCCUUUUAAAUCUAAAUAGAGGAUUAAGCAGUAACAAAAGCACUGAGUUUUUGUUUUUUGCUUUUUAUAAGGUGGUCAGUUCUAGAACUAUCUAUAACAGGUGUAUUCUGACAUGUUUGUAACGUAUAGUUGGCAUGUUCGGGGUAUUAGUCUUGAAAACAGUUGUAUGGGUUUCAGAACAUAGAAGGGACACUUGUGGGUGUUAUUGUGAGGUUUUAAAUUCCCAAACACUAAUUUAUCUGUACAAAUGUUUUAUAUGCAUAUGUUUGGAUAUAAAAGUUUAUGUUAAAUUAGUGAUGACGGCAGUGAGGGUACUGUUGUUAUAUUCAUUUGUGUCCAGUGAUAAUUUAUGAUACAAUGAUGGAACAGCUGGUGUAGCGUAAGUUGUUGCAGUGAAAUAUUCAAUUUGAGAUGGGAAUCUUCUUGCCUCGAACGGAACUUAUAUCUUAGAUUCUCUCUCACCUUUUCCUUGGAGGUGGGGUUUGAGUAGGGACAAGAUGAUGUUCACUGAUGAAAUUCCACAAUGGUUUUUUUUUAAGGGAAGUAGAGGACCAGGAGAGUUGCUUUUGCCUCAGUGUGAUCGCACUGAGGAAGGAAAUAUAGUUGUCAAAUGGUGAGGAAUCAAAUUAGUGAACUAAAUCCUUUGUCAAUAAAAACCAGAAUAUACCAUCUUCUUUUCUUGCAGUUUAAUAAAUGGCUUCAUAAAGGAGACUUGUUCCAAGUUAAUAACACUUUUGGAAAUGUCAGCACAUAAUGGAGUUUUAAAAUUUUAAUAUUGGUCAAAAUAUUAGCUUCGUAAUGAAACAUUAUUGAAUAGGUGAAAGAAUGUCCUAUAAAUUGUUUAUCACUGGUCAGAAUGCUGUUCUGUUCAAUUACAUUAUGUGGUAUAAACCUUAGAUACUGUUGGAAAGUGGAGAGCUGCCCUUCUCAUCUAAGACUUGUAAGGAAUUGCUUCUGUGAUAAUUUUUAGGUGCAUAAUAAAUCUUCAUGGUUUUCUAUUUCUGAUAAAUUCAGCCACAGUUAAUACCAGAAUCUCCUACCAUGAGUAAAUAUUUUGAUUUAUUAUUUAAAUCUAGAAAAAAAUAUUAUACUUCCUGUGGGAUUUAAAAGAUGGGAAGAGUAGAUAAACAUUCACUUUUAAGUUAUCGAAAAUAUGCACAACAUUCUCUUAAUAACACAAAUUAGUUGAGGUAACUGACAUGGUUUGGUUAUCCAGCUUAAAUUUGAACUGUGGCUUAUUUUAUACAUGUGGUUGAUAUACGUUCUUUCUGUUUGUUUUAUAUGGUUUAAAAAUUCUGCCUUUAAAAAGAAGUUUAGACAGUUCACGUGAUAAUAUUCUGACCUCCUAAGCAAUUUAUAUUUUUAUCAGUAUUGAAUUUUGGCCAAUGUUCCAAUAUAAGGAAGUUACUGUUUUAAAAUAAAGCAAACUUUUAUUUUCCCAGACCAUAGUCCUAUUAUAUAUAUACAUUUCCCUUUUUACAGUACGUAAGAUUCUUUUACAUUGUACAUGUGACUUCUUUCAGGAUAAUUUGCUUUAAGGAAGUGGAAACAUGUUCCUUAAAAGAACUUACAUCAUGUAACUCAUUCACCAUUUCUAUUAAAUGGCUCUCAAGAGGGAUAGGAGGACAGUCACUUGGUAGGAGUUUCCUUAGGUUCCUCAAGCCCUAAAUCCACUUUUGGCAUUGGUGAAAUCUCUUUCUCCAUCCCAUUUCACUCAGUUUCUGGUUCCCCCAGCCAACAUCAAUACCUGAAGUGAACAAUCGUAAAAAUAGUCGAGCUCUACAUUUUAUAGCUGAGGCUCAGAAAGGUAAGUAAUUUGGUAUGAUGUUUAGUCGACUAUGAGUUCUUACUAGUUCAGAGACCCUCACUAUACACACACACACCUGUGAACACCUAUAAUUAUGUUUCAAAAAUUGGAAGUUAUUCAUCAAGCACUUUCUGUGUGCCAAGCACAGUGUUCAGUAUGUUACAUGCAGAAGCAUCUCCUUUAAUAUUCACAUCAACCUCACGAGGUAGCUUCUUGGCCAAGGUCACACAGCUGUUCCGUGGUAGGUCUGGGAUAUAAACAAGAAAAAAAAAACAAGGGUCCUCACAAUAUUUUAAGGUAGGUUCAAUCACAAGACGUUAGGCAGAAGCAAUGCUGUUCCACUCUCUGUUGCAGUUGAAAGUGAGUAAUAUAUAGUACAACCUAGCCAUUGUAUUGAAAAUAUGUUUCUGUUUUUCCUUAGGAUACAUUAUGAGAGUUUAUGUAUCUUAAGGCACCCAGGGAGUUAGGCCAUAAUCCUCAAUGGUGAUUUUAAUAUCGUUUAUGGUUUCCUUGUAUCUUUUGAGUCCUAAGGUUACCAAAGAACUUACAGGCCCCAUUCAGUGCCAAGACAAGGUCAGGAUGUGGUGUGCAAUCAAGAUAGCUUGUAGUCUAUCCACGCCCAACAGUCCUGGAAGAAUAUCCAGCACCAGGUGGGAAAAAAGGAACCAAGCCCACUUCCCACUCCAGAGCAGUGGUUCUUAACCUGCGAUCUGUUAUUAAGUGAGCCUCCUAGGCGUAUAUGUGCCUAAAUGUAUAUUUCUGCGGAGAGGGUUGUCAGCUUUCAUCAGAGUCUCAGGUUCAUGGUCCGAAAAGAUUACGAGCCACUGUGCUACAAGUGGGUUAGUUAUUCCACAAAGCGGAAGCUUCGUGAUGAGUAAGACAGGUCCCUACUGUCAGGGAGCUCCCAAGGAGAUGUACUUCAUUCUGGCUUUGUGCAGGGCAGAAUUUUUGAGGGCAGCAGGUCAUUUCUACAAUUACCCAGGGUCAGUACAGCUUUUAUCCCGUGAAGAAACCAGCAAUUAUUUUAACAUUCAAGUUCUUACCAGCAUUUAAAGCUGUAAAACAAACAUUUCCAAAAUUGAAUCAGAAGUGCAGCUUUCCAAAACUUACUAAAAUGCUAAUCUAAGUAAGGAAACUAUCUUAGGAAUCGGGAGCCACUUGGAGUUGAUGUCCCACACAAGGUUUGAGCCUGUGUUAAUCAGAGUGGCCAGAUUUAAAUGCUCAUGAACCUGGACUCUCCUAAAGAUGGCUCCUUGAUUAAAAUUAGCAACCAAACUGCUAAACAAAAUUGCUACCACCGUCUCUUUAGUGAAGAAGAGGAACCAGUUGUAACUUGGUAAAUAGGAAGGAGCUAGCAUGUUUCUGGAACUGAUAAUAAAAAAAAGACCCUGCUUUAACAGAAAAGAAGCAUGUGUUAGUAUACUGCAAUUUAGAUGUGGUAAAGUAUACAUUGGAAACCCUGGUGACGUAGUGGUUAAGUGCUACAGCUGCUAACCAAAGGGUCGGCAGUUCAAAUCCACCAGGCGCUCCUUGGAAACUCCAAGGGGCAGUUCUACUCUGUCCUAUAGGGUCGCUAUGAGUUGGAAUUGACUCAACGGCACUGGGUUUUUGAAAGUAUACAUGGGCACAUAUUUGAUUGGAUUGGAAAACAUUCUGUACCUCCACCAUGCACCUAACACCAUAGCUGUCCAUGUAGCAAGUCAUCUGUUACUAGGUGAAGUGACUUGAGGGUAGGCACCAGGUCCUAAUUACCUUUGUAUCUCUGGUUGCUACCACCUAGUAGGUGUUCGCUCAGAAAAUGUGUGGUAAAUAACUGUGCUAUAGAAGGUUUACUAUAUGCUACCUAGUGUCGGAGAGGCCAAGGAGACUGAAGGCUACUGCAGAGUUAGGUGGGAAAAUAAGAAAUGGUAUCAAGGUUGUUAAUGUAGCUUUUAAUAAUUUAUGAGACCCAAAAGAUUAAUCUAAUAGAAAGAUCAGGUAGCUAGGAUCUGAAACAAUAGAAGGGAAAACACUGGUUAAUCUAUAAUUUACCAGAAGAGAAAACACACUGGAAAGCUGAAAGUAUUCAAGCAAGUUUUCAAUAGCCAUGUAGAUAGUCCUUUUUUGGUAGAGUAUACAAAGUACUUUUCACAUACAGUGUCAGAGCCAGAGAAUGCUGGACAUGGGGUUACAUGAUUCGUGUAUGUGAUCCUGAACAAGUCACCACCUGUUUAAAAUGGGAAUAAUAACUCAGCUCAAAAAUUAAGGCUUAAAUGAAGUAAUGAAUUUUGAACACACUCUAUUAAUGGUAGAGCACUAAGUUAUCACUGUUACAUCAUUUUACAUGAGCUUGGGGCUCCUGUCAGAGUUAAGAGUCUUUAGUUCGGUUUGUCUCCCCAUUAACCUAACAUAUUAAGAAUCCUAUGGGAUGCUGCACCUUGAAGAGCAAGAUAAUAGGGGAGACAGAUGCUCCAGCCCCUUCUAAAGGUCACAGAGGGCCCUUCCAUAAGGUUAGAGUAGAACAUGAGUAUAAUUUAGACAUUCUCAGGAGGGUAAAUGAUGUUAGCUGUUGUCAAGUUGAUCCCUGACUCAUGGUAACCCAUACACAAUGGAACAAAAUGCUUCCCUGUCCUGCACCACUCCCAUGAUCGUUGGGGAUUGGAUCGGGUAAUUUAUAACCCAAAUAGUGCCUCCCAUUCCAUACUUAGUUAUCUAGUGCUGCUGUAACAAAAAUACCAAAAGUGAAUGGCUUUAACAAAUUUAUUCUUUCACAGUUGAGGUGGCUAGAAUUCUGAAUUCAAGGCAUCUGCUUCCAGAGAAGGCUCUCUCUCUCUCUCCCUCUGUUGGCUCCGGGGGAAGGUCUUUGUCAUCAAUCUUCCCCUGUUCUGGGAGCCUCUCAACACAGGGACCCUGGGUCCAAAGGAUGCGGUCUGCUUCUGGUGCUUCUUUCUUGGUGGCAUGAGGACCCUCCCCUGUCUACUUGAUUCUCUCUGACAUCUCAGAAGAGACUGACUCAAGAUAUAACCUAACCCUGUGGACUGAGUCCUUACUCACUGUAAUUGCCUCUAAUCGUACCUCAUAAACAUCAUAGAAGUAGGAUUUACAACACAGGAAAAUCACAUCAGAUGACAAAAUGGUGCACAAUCACACAAGACUAGGAAUCAUGGCCUAGCCAAGUUAACACACAUUUUGGGGGGACACAAUUCAAUCCAUAACACAUACCAAACGCCCACCAUAGGGCAGUCCCUCUUAAUUGCUUUGUUCCCAGCUGGGAAGGCCUUAAUUUGGAGAGAAGCGCAGGGGAGAAGGACCAGGCUCUUCAUAAGAGGAUUUUUACCAAGGAUACAAAAAGCCUGUUAAUGUUGCCUAAGGGCCUUCCCUCUUCAUUGGCUGACAUGCUUUUAUCUAAUGGUGAAAGAGAUGGCUUUCCCAGGUUUUAAGACGUGGAAUCUGUAUAUCAACUAAGGAGUAAAAAAGGAAGAGACCUAGAUGAUGGUCGGGGAAGUCAUUUGGUAACGGUGUCAGCAACAAGGGUAGAGAGGUAGAUAAAGCACUGAUAUCAGGGAUCAGGUCAAUCCUCCCAGCAUUUGAACCUCUGCUGCCUUCUGCAGGUGGGAACACCUGGGAACCCACAGAUUGGCCUGUGACCGAGGACACAGCCUUGAUAAGCUGGUCCCAUCAGAUUCUCUGUCAGGAUUUGAAAUAGGAAACCUCGAGAGAGUGAGGUAGUUAGCCGCAGCAGCUCAAACACUGUGCCACAAGGUACAGUUGAAUCCAUGAAGCAAUAAAGCAGAGAUUAUGAGGAAAUUAAUUAGACAGCAGCCGUUGAUUUUAUUUUACUUGUGAGAGGUGGACAUUUCACAGGUUAGGAAGCAAGUCUAAAGUUCACUAACUUGUCCAAGGGUCCACAGUUAAUACGUGACAAAGGACUGAAACCAAGAUCUGGCUGUAAAGACAGUGCUUUUUAAAACUAUAUUAUAGCGCUUUUCUAAGCAGAAACUGCAAGGUAGAGAAAAGCCAGAAAGGGUACCAGGAGCACCAGAGUGUGGGAGAAAAGGCUGAUGCAGCAAGAAGCUGCGUCUCUGAAUGAGACAGCCCAGGUUCUGCUCCCUACAGCCCGGCCUCACCAGGGUUCCUGAGAUGCAUACUCCAUUAUCAUGAACAGGAAUCCUUCAGCUGAAGCCCGCAGUGGAAAAAUCUAACCCCGAUGUGGUAACGAUUCUCAGAAAUUCGAAAGUUCUGUUUUCUGCAAAUGUUCAACUAGGGACUUUGAGCACAUUCCCUUAUGAUAUUUCCUUCAAAACGUUUGUCUUCAGAUAUAUAACUAACUUAUACAUUUCAACUAAGAUAAGGGAAUUUGGGAAAUCAUGUAAUCUCAAUUCUUUACAGGAUAUGGCUCGACCCCAACAGUAAAGAGACAUUUCAAGUCAGUAAAGAGACAUUUCAAGUCUAUGCUUGACAAAUCUCAUCCAUACAAGUGCAGUGCAGCAGCAGGGCUGACAGGUAAAGGUGGUAACACAAGACAGAAUUUCCUACCCCAAAGACUCUUGGUGGGACCAGAGGGAAGCCGCAAUAGACCAAGGAGUCAACUGCACUUCAGUUUUAAACCGCAACAAGAAAUCUAACAUUGAAAAUGAGGGUGUUUCUCUCUUUCCACCACCAUUCAACCAAGGUGGGUCUCAGGACAACUUACAAAGUGUAGGUAUAAAACUAAAAUUUUUUAUUGUGAUUGAUAAAAGAUGUUAGUAUUUUGUUAAAGGUAGCAUACUGAACUUGCAUAACUAUAUUUUAGAAUCAAACUUAAAAGCUACAUAUUUUACAAAUUAUGGAUGUUAACAGCAAUAAAGUCCAUGAAUGACUAGAAAUGGUGUCACUUUCAUCAUUAACAGAAUUGAGCCAUUCACUCUCCUACUAAACAACCCUAACGCAUUGCUUUUUUUGUUUUUAAUUUUUAUUGUGUUUUAAGUGAAAGUUUACAAAUCAAGUCAGUCUCUCAUACAAAAAUUUAUACACACCUUGCUAUAUACUCCUAAUUGCUCUCCCCCUCCACUCUAUUUUUGUGUCUGUUAGGCCAGCUUCGGACCCCCUCUGCUCUCUCAUCUCCCCUCUAGACAGGAGCUGCCCACAUAGUCUCAUGUGUCUACUUGAUCCAAGAAGCUCAUCCUUCACUAGUAUCAUUUUCUAUCCCGUAGUCCAGUCUAAUCCCUGUCUGAAGAGUUGGCUUUGGGAAUGGCUCCUGUCUUGGCCUAACAGAAGGUCUGGGGACCAUGACCUCCGGGGUCCUUCUAGUCUCAGACCAUUAAGUCUGGACUUUUUAUGAGAAUUUGGGGUCUGCAUCCCUCUACUCUCCUGCUCCCUCAGGGGUUCUCUGUUGCACUUCCUGUCAGGACUGUCAUCGGUUGUAGCCGGGCACCAUCUAGUUCUUCUGGUCUCAGGCUAAUGCAGUCUCUGCUUUAUGUGGUGCUUUCUGUCCCUUGGGCUCAUAAUUACCUUGUGUGUUUGGUGUUCUUCAUUCUCCUUUGCUCUAGGUGGGUUGAGACCAAUUGAUGCAUCUUAGAUGGCCGCUUGCUAGCAUUUAAGACCCCAGACGCCACUCACCAAAGUGGGAUGCAGAACAUUAAUACAUUUUGUUAUGUCAAUGGACUUAGAUGUCCCCUGAAACCAUGGUCCCCAAGCCCCCACCCUUGCUGCGCUGGCCUUUUGAAGCGUUCAGUUUAUGUAGGAAACUUCUUUGCUUUUAGUUUAGUCCAGUUGUGCUGACCUCGCCUGUAUUGUGUGUUGUCCUUCCCUUCACCCAAAAUGAUUCCUGUCCACUAUCUAACCAGUGAAGACCCCUCUCCCUCCUCCCCUCAUAGCCAUCAAAGAAUAUUUUCUUCUCUGAACUAUUUCUCGAGUUCUUAUAAUAGUGGUUUUAUACAAUAUUUGUCCUUUUGCAACUAAUUUCACUCAGCAUAAUGCCUUCUAGAUUCCUCCACGUUAUGAAAUGUUUCACAGAUUCAUCAUUGUUCUUUAUUGAUGUGUAGUAUUCCAUUGUGUGAAUAUACCAUAAUUUAUCCAUUCAUCCGUUGAUGGGCAACCUUGGUUGCUUCCAUAUUUUUUCUAUUGUAAAUAGUGCUGGCGUGAACAUGGGUGUGCAUAUAUCUGUUUGUGUAAAGGCUCUUAAUUCUCUAGGAUAUAUUCCAAGGAGUGAGAUUGCUGGAUCCUAUGGUAAUUCUAUUUCUAGUUUUUUAAGGAAGUGCCAAAUCGAUUUUCAAAGUGGUUAUACCAUUUUACAUUCCCACCAGCAGUAUAUAAGUGUUCCAGUCUCUCCACAACCUCUCCAACAUUUAUUAUUUUGCCUAACACAUUCCUUUUCUUUUGUACAAUAUAGAAACCUGUCAUUAUGUAACACUUUUCAAAAGUCAUUAUCUCACACAAACAUUUUGAGAAAAGAGCCUGUUUUCUAAUUUUUAAUACCCCUUUAUUGUGUCUGGUACAGUGCUCCGUACUAACAGGAACUCAAAUAUUGCUUACUGCAUGACUUGAGCAUAGAGACAGACUACUUUCUUUAUAAUUUCUCUUAGUGAUAUGUUGUUAUUGUUAGCUGCCAUCAAGUCAGCCCGACUCCUGACGACUCUGUGUUACAGAGUAGAACUGCUCCAUAGGGUUUUCUUGGCUGUAAUCUUUACAAAAGGCGCCCUUGUGGCAGUUCUGUGGGAGAAAAACUUGGUGAUCUGACCUGGUGAUCUGCUUCACUAAACAUUACAGCCCAGAAAACCCUGAGGCAAUUCUACUGUCACAGGGGGUGGCUGUUGAGUCAGAAUCAACUGGACGGUACCCAACAACAGCAGUCUUUACAGAAGCAGUUUCCUAAGACUAUCUUCUGCAGAGCUGAUGGGUAGGUUCAAACCACCAACUUUUACAUCAGCAGCCAAUCACAAAGGCAACACAUUAAUGCCACAUAAAUUGGUUCAACAAACAUUUAUUGAUGGCCCAGUUUGUAGCCGCUCUGUGCUAAGCACAGGGCACUGAAGAUGGGGGAGAUGUGCUGUGUGCCCUCUGUCAGCACACCACCAAAUAGUGAUGGUUCCACCUGGGCACCAUGGGCUCUGGGGGCCCUCAAAAUGAGGCAGCGCCUCUGCAAAUCCUUGGCAAAGAAUGGCUGCAGGCUUGGUCUGGUACACAUCUGUACUGCUGUAUGUUUCCAGUGUGUGCUGAUGUUACGGUGAUUAACAUGCACAUUAUUUAAAAACAGUAUGAAUUUAUACUAGUCAUUGUGUAUUUUCUCAAUCAGGAGAUAUUGAUUAGGAGGGGGUUUUAACAAAAUAUGUAUAUACCUUCAGAAGGGAACCUCUCAUGUGAAAGUUUUAAAGUUCUAAGAAAAUAGAAAGCUGUAAGAGCCAAGAAAGCAUUUCAGAAAAGGAGACCAACUUUAGGAAUUUUCAAGGAAUAAUUAGCACCUCUAACCUGUACCUAAGGUAAAAAUAUAUUUCCCAGAUUUGCAAAGGACAUAAAAUUUUUACAACUUUAUACAAAGAUGAACAAUUACAAAUCAUCACAUUUACAAUGAGUACAAAUAUUGACCAGAAACUAGGCUUUGUUUUGGUUUUUCUUUAAGCUAGGGCUUGCAAAUUUUUCUCUCAAAAGCUCUUUACUUGUAGAACACCCUCACCACCAAGAGUCGGCACUGACCCCCAAAGAGCUGGGAGAUGCCCAGGAAUUCUUUUAAGUUCCCUGCUUUUUUCUUAAAAAUUCAUUUGAAUUUUGCGUUCCGUUCCACAAUUCACUUAUUUUAAACCCAAGUUCCUAAAUUAUUUAACUGUUCCUCCAAUUUUUUCUAGUAAGUCAGUGUUCAAAGAAUAUAGGUCAAAUUAAGAAGGGCUAGAGAAGGUGAUUCCCACAUAUACAUUAAAAAAAAAAAAUACAACUUUGCUAUGGGUUUACAUUAUAG